UCACAUAAAUGAGUCAUAGACAUUGUAAUGAUAAUGUAGGCAAUUUUAGUCCGGUUAGGAGGCAUCCUUUUUCAGUCUUCAACUAAAAUCUGCUCUCUGCACCUUCCGAUAAUUACACUUUUGGCAAUAUUCUUUAAUCCAGCAAUGAUUGAGAAGCAUUGAGGGACCUCUGUACAGUGCCCUCGGUCGGUUAGAGAUCCACACUGCAUGCGGGGAGACCAGUAUAGCAGCGCUCACCGGUUCCUCUCGUCUCAUUCUCUAGAAGAUGGCGGACUGCGCUUCACUGUUAGACGAGGAGCUCUCUUCAUUUGUCUUCAAUUACUUGACUGAAAACUCCGGGAGCCAGUAUGGGGAAGAGGAGGUCUGCUCAGACCGCCUUGAUGCUGACUUCCCUGACUUUGACCUCUCACAGCUGGACACCAGCGAUUUUGACUCAGUGAACUGCCUCAGUGAGCUGCACUGGUGCAACGAGCACUCAGAUCACUCCCCUGCCUCCAUACAGUACAGUGCAGGAGACCCAGAGCUAUUCGAGGAAGAGAAUGCGGCGCUGCUCGCUGCGUUCACAGACAGCCUGGACAGCAUUGUUGAGGACGGGGUCGGGGGGCUGUCUGUGUUCCCUUCGCUGGGGGAAGACCCUGAAGAGGGUGAAGAGGAGGAGGAAGAUGACCUCCCUUUGGACAGUGAGCCCCUCCAUGGCUCUCUGAGCCCAGAGACAGAAGACCCGUCUCUACUAAAGAAACUCCUGUUGUCACCCCCUAAUGUGCCUUCGGGCCUUGAGUCGCACAAAGAUGGCAGCGUGCAUCGCCAUAGCAGCAGGAGCCAGCACGUCAAGCCCGUGAGGCCUGUGCUAAAGAAGGACAAGACAAGCACACAGGAGCGUAAGCCACGACCAGUGCGGCCUGCCAGUCGACUUUGUGCUGAACUCCAUCGCCACCUCACCACCGCACAGGAGGCCGAGGACGCACCCUCCGCUGACACAGAGGAAGAGGAGAACGAGGAGGAUGAAGAGGACAGUGACUCGGAGGAGGAAGAGGAGUCCAGCAGCGAGGACUGUGAGAGCACGGUGUGCUUCGAGCCGCCGAAGCCUCAGUUCUCCUCAGAGAAAGAACUGCACUCUGUAGUGGAGCUCAUCAAAUACAUGCACACUUACUGCCUGCCCACACGCAAACAGGCCGGCUGGGAUCGCAAGGAGCGUGAGGCUUUGGCACGUAAGGCCAAGCCUGAGAAUCCCUCAGUGCCCCGCAGCGUUCCUCAGAACUGUCACAAGCUGGUACCUCAAACUAUUAGCGGGUCCAGGCCGAGAGUACCCUUCACUAGACGCAGGGAGAUCAAAGCCCACUCCUUGCUCAAAGAGCUUUUAGAAGCUGUCAGUUCCUUUGACGUUAGCAAGCCUUACAGAAUGCACAGCCCUCCUUAUACCCACAGCAGAGGGGCUGCUCAGCCCACCCAUGAGAAAAAGACUGAGGUUUCAUCCUCCCCUGCUUGCCAGCCCAAAGCUGAAACUAAAGACUCAGACUAUGAGAGCUCGCAAAAGGCUGCAAAGCGCCUCAAGAGCCCUGAGCCAGGGGAAGGAUCCUUUUCAGUUAGACGCUCUCACCGUCUGGCUUCCUUUCCCAGCCGAUUUGCUAAGAGAGUCCGUGUGAACUGUGGCCGAUCAGAGCCCAGUGCUGGACAGUCCAACAAAGAGGAGAACCAGAUCAAACAUCCUCCCACAGAACCACCAUCUGAUAGCAACCAGAAGACCAACUCUUACAAGAGCUCCGAAACCCAAAACCCAAGCUGCAAUGACGAGAAACAUGCCUGCCUGUGUAUGCCGCUGGCUUCCAAAUCCAACGGAGACACACAGUAUGCCGACAAGCCCUUUGAGCAGACUCUCUGCGUGGAGCUGUGUGGCACAGCAGGCCUCACUCCCCCCACUACACCCCCUCACAAACCACUGGAGGACGAGCUCUUCAAACCAGAUGGCAAAGCUGAGCUCACCACCAAGAACUCGUGCCUGGCACGGACGCACUUACGCAAGCAACCAGAGCAGACGGAACUGUAUGCCCAGCUGCGCCGGAUGGGCCAAACGGGCAAUACAGACUUGAAGGGUGGCACACAACACACAUACGGGGACCAUGACUACUGCCUACUGGGAUUGGGGGAGAGUCGCAAGAGACCAGCGGCCAUGCAGAGCUGCGUGGAAGUGCAAGGGAAGGAGGAGAAGAUGGGUGUGAACAAUGAGGAGAUGGAGGGACAGGAGGAGAGGCUCCUCUUGAAAGCCCUAGAUGACCAGCAGAGAACCGAAAGCAAGGAGGGUCAGCUGACGAACUCACCUGCAGAGUUACCUACGCCCAGCCCAGAGCAGACCAGCGAACCCUCUCCUAUCCAUUCUCCUUCCCCAGAGCUGGACGCCCAGUCGCCAGUGUCCUGCUCACCCCCCUCCCCCAGCUGCAAGCUCUCUUUCAGCAAUGAGAGCUUUGAGAUGUGCCCCAAAGCAACAGAAACAAACAGCAAGUGUGGACAAGAGAAUGAUGUGAACAAGUGCCAAGUGAUCUACAUUCACAACCUUCCGAGCAGCGUCACUCAGUUCAUGCUGCGUAAGCGCUUCGAGGCCUUCGGUGAACCAGAGGAUUGUAAAGUUGUCAUCAAAAACGAUGAGCGUUGUGGAGUUAUCACACUGAGGUCCGCUCAGAGCGGCCAGACCCAACGGCACAGGUGGGACUCGCUGGGUCAGAGCAGGGGGAACAGCAACCGACGGUUUGGCAGGAAGCGUUACAUAGAUCUGGAUGAGGCGGGUCCCGGCCCGGUGAAGAGCAAGUAUGAUGCACUGGACUUUGACUCUCUGCUGAAGGAGGCCCAGAGAAGCCUGCAUCGCUGACACGCCUUACCACGUCUCCAGAAUCGCUGCCCCGUCCGAGACUCGCCUGAGCACCUCAACCAAGGCACCUCUUCGUGUUUACAUUUUGAACAUUGGAAUAAAAAAAAUGGACCUUGUCACUUGUAACUGAGGAUAGGAGGACAUUGGGGCAGGAGGACAAAAACCAGUGAACAAACGAACAGAAAUAGCUCUGACAACACCGGACACAAGUGCUGCUUCUCGUGUGUGUUCGUGUUUGACACCAUUCAUGAUGUUGCGAGCGGCUCGGGCUUCAUAGCAAACCGCAAUCUUUUCUGUUGGUUGUCGUGAUGUGUGUUUGUACCCCUUUGUCACUCUUCGUAGUCCUGCAAUGUGCUUUCACCAUUUUAUUGUAAAAAUAUAUAUAAACAAUAACUGCUUUGUAUUAGCAAAACUUUGUGGAUGUUCAACUCUGUGUGUGUGUGUGUGUGUGUGUGUGUGUGUGUGUGUGUGUGUGUGUGUGUGUGUGUGUGUUUGUGUGUGUGUGUGUGUUAUGAUGAAAAGGGGAUUAAAAGUGGAUUUAAAAAAAAAAAGGCAAACAAAAAAAUCCUGACAAGGUAGAGUUUACAAUUCAAAAAGGAAAUAAUUAUUAUUAUUAUUUUUUUUUUGUAAUUUUAGUGCUUCCUUGAUUUCAUCUAUGCACUCAAACGAGGUAGUGCUUCUGUGGUCUUGCCUCUAUCCUCCUCUGGUCUAGAAGAGGCUUUUGCUACUGGCUGCCAGAGACAACUGAGCAAAUUAGUCUACUGUCCAAACCAACCGCUACUGUACUACCUUAAAGGUGCUUUUAGCGAUUGUGUAACGGGGUAAAGAUGGGCAAGGAGGAGGCAGGAACCUGCUGAACAGUCAACGUAACUUUUAAUAACAUAAAUUAACUUGAAUCAACUUAAAUACAAACACAUAUAGACACACACACACAGCAGCCACAUGUGGCUCUCUCUCUUUCUCUCGAACUGGCGCCUCCGGCUCGUCUUCAUCCCCCUCCCGGCUGAUUAGCCCAGUUCAGGGCCAGGCGUGUGUCCUCAUGGCCUGGCACCGCCCUCCUCCUUGUCACAGAUUGUUUUUGGAAUACCACACAUAAAAUUUUCCCUAUAACCUUACAGAUAUCACUGAAAUAGGUGUUCUGAGAAAUCACAUGUAGUCAAUCAGAAAGUGAUUUUUGUGUGUCCGGAUCGGUUGACGUUUUUAGAGGGCAGGGUUAAUUCAGUGGCUAUGUCAGCAAAAUGAAGGUUAGCAAAACGGCUGAAAUUGCUUACAGCUCAUUUAAAGGGUGAAGUGUGUCAUUUUUUCAUUGUUGAAAUACUUUUGUCGUGCACCAGCUUAAUAUGUAGAGACAAUUAUAAGUUAUUUUGUAUGUUGAUUUCCCCAAAAAGUGUAAACACUUUGGUACUGUGAAGUAUCAAAACAUUGCUCUGUUUGAGAAAUAGCAACAUUGACUCAACUUAUGUGACUGUUUGUUUUUUCGACUAAUGGCAAAUGGAGGUAAUGAUCAUUUUUGCAAAUUCGUUUGGUGCCGAUAGUGAUGCAGAAAUUACAUGCUUCACCAUUAACUUUCCAAUGAUGUGUUUUAGUUGUGUUUUUCAAAUCAUAAACCUAUCCUGUUAAGAAUCCAUAAAACCUUCACUGAAAAUGUAUUUAUGGAAUAUACCUGUCACAAAUGCGAUUCUAGUGACCAUCCUGUCCAUCCUUUUGAUCUUAAUUUGAAAGUACAGUUGGUCAGACUCUCCCAGCAGUAUAGCCCUAGGAGACAUCAGACAAGUCUUGCUCCUGGAUGUUGACUCAAUAAAGUGCUCCUGUUCACGGUACUUGAGAGAAGGGUGGUGGUAAGCUAGGAGGAAGAUAUUUCCAGAGCUCAAUCUCAUUAGAGAUACGGUCGUAUCUCUGCUUUGUUUACAUGUCACUCUCAUACUCUCUCUCUCUCUCUCUAAGCUCAAACACUCACUUUUUUUACUCUUCUAUCUGACAAGGGAAGAUCUGCAGGUUUUUUCAAGCUCUUACCUUGUGGCUAAUUCUCUAUUUGUCCUCUGUCUGUUUAAGUCUAAACGUGUACUCUGUAUAACUGCGUGCGUUGUCUGUGUCUUUUACGGGGAUGUGGGAUGGGUUUGCCCCUUAUUAUUUUGUGGGAGUUGAAGUAUGUUCACUCGUACCUGUUGCUUUGAUUCGGCGGGGUCACCCUCCUCCCCUUGAACCCUCAGCCUGUUGAUCUAGAACACUUGUGAGUUUGUGUGGGUGCAUGUUUGUGCUGCUGAAUGGAUGGUUAUUGACCUCCCUUUACUCUCGCAUUAUCCCCGCCUCUCCCCUUUAUUCAAUCGCCUCCUCUGAAACACCCCAAACCUGAAUGUUUACAUGACUGAAUUCUCUUUUGACUUUACUAGAGCACACACCAAGUACAGAAUGCCUUAUUCAGUGUUAAAUGUACCCUAAUCAGGACGUGCCUUGCUGGCUUUCCCUCUUAAGGUACCGAGCAGUUACUUUGAAUACUACAGAUGCUUUUGACCUAUUCUAAAUCGCCCAAUAAUAUCUUGAGAAAAAAAAAAAAACACCUGAAUAAGUGUUUGUGCUUAGUAUGUAUACUUCUAAACAAGUGAGAGAAUGUGCUGGUUUACAUGAUAUAUAAAUAUAUAGAGGUAUAUAAUGUGUAUAUAGCACUGUGUCUUGUGUAACUUGAGAUGUAUGGUUAUGUGCUGUACAGCAAUGUAGUAACGUAUGGUUUUAAGGGUGGGUCUGAUUGGGUAAUAUGUUUUUGGGGGAAAGGGGUGAACUUGAUGACGCAGCAUUAAGCAAUACAGGGAGCUACAGAAGGGAAUUUUAAUUGAUUAUGGCUUCUUAAGUCGAUUACAAUUGUAUAGAGUAUAACUUUAGCAAUUUUUUUUUUUAAUGACUUUAAUAUGUUUGAUUGUUUUAUUUUUUAUGCAACUGAGAUGCAAUACCAGUAAUCUAGGAGAGCCUUUCUCAUAAAUGAAAGGAUUUGUUUAAGAGACUGGUUGUUUUCUUGAAAACAGUGCUGUAUGUUGUAGAUUGCUGUAGAAAGACAAUGAAACGGCUUAAAUAAUUCAAAAAGAAGGUUGAUGUUUAGGAUCACUGGCUGAGAAGGACUUUUUUUAUGAAAAAAAUACACAGACAGUCCAGUUUCACAAGGAGAGCCUUAAACCUUAGGGGAAAACAAAGCUAUCAGUCCUGUCUGAUCUCCUUUACAGUCCAAUGUGUUUUUAAUUACUUAAGUAAUAAGUAAUUAAACCUUUUCAAUACAGCCAUAUUAUAAAAAGUGUAUACAUAUAUUUGAUUUUAUAUAUAUAUAUAUAUAUAUAUAUAUAUAUAUAUAUAUAUAUAUAUAUAUAUAUAUUUGUGUGUUUGUGUAGAUAAAUAUAUAGAUGCUAUAAUUUGUUAUAGACCAUUUUAUUCAGUGUUUUAGAACACUUCAAAACAUUUCAACUUACACUGUCAAUCUAGAAUGUACAGAUGAUAAAAAUCAAUAUUCUAAAAAAAAAAAAAAAAAAAAAAAUAUCCAAAGGGAACCUUCUUUAAAUGCAAUACAUAUUUCCAGUCCUGUCAUUUCAGCAAUCACUAGACAAGUUGACCAAAAAGUAAAUUUGAUGUUUGGAUACAGGAGAAGUGUGGUACCACAUCAAAUUCACGAAUGUCAUGAUCGUUUGGCCUGGCCCUUAAAUGUACAGGCGUGAGUGUGUGCAUGUGAUUUCUUUCUUCCUCUCUUUUCAGUUCAUUGAAAACGUCACUAUUAAUUCACUACAUCUAUUGCCCUGCAAUUUGUUGUUCACAAAGUACAUGCUCUUGCAAUAUCAGACAGAAUUUGCCCACUGAGUCAGCAAGAGGAAACUUUGUUUCCUCUUGCUGACUCAAGGUUCUGUGCUAAACCUUGGGUCAUUUUUUUUAUCAAAAAGUGGAUCUAGCAUAUGUGUAAUUUUGGUGCUAGAGCAUCUGUUAAUGAAAUGCCUCUGAUGUCAUCGCACAUCCAUGUUGCAUUGUCUUGCUGCUUUAAGACCUUGUCUAUUGUGGAAACAAAAUCCGAUGUCAAAAGGCAUACAUUGUUUUCUUCAUUGAUUUGUUUUUAUUGAUUUUUCACUCUUUACAUCUAAUGACUAUCAAAUUGACUAUGAUUUUUCCUUUUUAUUUUUAACAUAGUUUUUGGUAAAUAUUGCUAGUAAGAUUUUAUAUUUUUACAUAUUUGUUUUAUUUUGAAUUUUUAUUUAUAUGCCACUUAGCUUGGAUGUCUUUAAAUGGUGUUGGUUUUAUUUUAUUUUCGGCUUUGUGUGAUUUUAUGUCUUGAAAAUGUGGAGACAGAUGCAUUUCAGUAUUUUUAAAUGGUUAAAAAUCUAGUUUCCUAGAUCAAAGUAUCUAUAUAGCAGAAAUUAUUUGAUGUCAUAAAUUAUAUUUUAAUUCAUGUAAAUAGUUUAAAAAAGAAGACAAUGGCUUCCUUUUAAACUGAACACAUUUCUCUUUCGAGAUUGUUUACAUUAUUAAACUGUAGAAACUGAUCCUCAUAUACUGUAAAGAAAAGUACAUAUAUUCAUUGUUUUGCCUCCAAAAAAUAAAAUCCAUAAUGAACAUUUAA